AUGAGUAAUACCACCAUCAUCGUCUCAGAAUUUCUACUGGAAUGUGCCAUUGAAUCAAACCAGAAGACCAUUACGAUUUCUCUUCUCACAUUCAUCUACUUCUUAUCCACGUUUGGAAAUCUUCUGGUGAUUGUGGUUAUAAUCCUGAAACCUCAUCUCCAUGCUCCAAUGUACAUUUACAUCGGCACCUUGGCAGUGAUAGACCUAGCAAACAGCUCAAUUCUCAUCCCAAAGAUGCUGUCUGUCCUUCUGCUCGGCUCUCCAGGGGUUCCUUAUGCAGCCUGUGUAUUGCAGAUGUUUCUAAUUGGUCACGUUGAGGAGAUGGAGUCCUUCCUUCUAGCUUUCAUGGCUGUUGAUCGCUACAUAGCUGUUAUUUACCCUUUGCAAUACGCUUCAAUCAUUACUAAUAAAAAAAUUGGCAUGGGUAUCUUAGUGUCAAAUAUUUGUGGCAUAAUUUUCAUCUCUCCUAUGCUCAUUUUUAUUGGUGAGCUUUCUUUUUGUCGCACCAAUAUCAUUCCUUUCUGUUUUUGCGACUAUAGUACAAUGGUCCGUAUAUCAUGUAAUGAAGAUCCUAAAUACUUAUCAACCAUGUCGGCUUCUGUGGUUACCACCGGUGUCUUCCCAAUCGCGUUAAUUCUCCUCUCCUAUAGUCGUGUUACUAUAGAAGCCAUGAGGAUUUCUUCAGAAGGUGGGAAAAGUAAGAUUUUCAACACUUGUGCCACCCACCUGCUUGUGGUCGGACUCUUUUAUGGUCCAAUUUCAUUGGCUUUUAUAUUGCCUAGUGCGGGAGUGAAGAUGACAACAGAAACUUACAAUUUUAUGUUUAUUUUUGGAAAUGUACUACCUCCUAUGAUGAACCCCAUUAUCUAUAGUUUCAGGAAUAAAGAAAUAAAAAAAGGAAUUCAUGGACUAUUUACUUUCAAAAGGUAA